CAGGACUACGUGCACCCAGGUGGGGGCUCGAUGCUGAUGUGGUGCGAGGUGACUGGUUUCGUUCUUGAGCUGCCUUGUCGCCUUCUCUCCGUCGCACCAAACCCUAGCGCCGCCUGCCUUCUCCAGCGCCGGCGUCUCUCUCGUCUCCCAGCAGCGCCACCACCAGUCAUCUCUCCAGUCUCUGCAGCGGCGUUCUUCUCCAAAGCACCAGCCGCCAUCAUGUCCGAGAAGGCAGCCACCCCCGACAAGCCCACCUCCUCCGUCUCUACUCCUCACUUGGCAUUCACCACCAUCUCCAGUGUGAAGCUUCACGUUCCAAUCCUGUUGAGCUUUACGGAACCGAACUACAAAAAGUGGAGCCGUCUUUUUCUCCUAUUGGUUCGUCGCUUCUCCCUUGGGGACUUCCUCACCGAGAAAUCAGUCCCGUCUAGUGCCGACGACACCGAUUGGCAUCAACUUGAUGCACUUCUCCAAGGGUGGAUCCUUUCUACGAUCAACGACGAAGUCUCCGAUCUCGUGAUCUCCUCCACCAACUCGGCCGCGGAACUUUGGCAAUCCAUUCACUCUCUUUUCCAUGACAACAAACCCGCCCGAGCCAUGCAGUUGGAACAUCAAUUCCGGACGACGAGGAAAGGCUCUCUGUCCAUCUCGGUCUAUUGUCAAACCCUCAAGAAUAUCGCCGAUUGGUUGGACGACGUAGAUGCCCCCGUCUCGGAACAACAACUGGUGUUACAAGUCCUUCGGGGGCUGCCGGAUGACAUGCGGGGUCAGACGUCCUUCUUGCAGUUUCAAACACCGCCUCCGAUGUUCCUUCAGACCCGAUCAGCCCUCCUCCUCUUGGAGCGUCAAAAAUCAGAAUUGGAGGACGACUCCUCCACUGGCACGGCUCUUCUCUCGUCCGGCAGCCCUGGCGCCCCCUAUCACAGCCUCGCUGGCGGAGGCCGCGGGCAUCACAGCAGCAGCAGCAGCGGCCAGGGACAGCAGCACCAUAGCGGCGGCGGCGGCCGUGGCCGUGGCGGUUACCCCUCACCCUCCUCUUACUCACCCGUACACCCCCCACACACACCACAUACUCAUCCGUCAACACCUCCUCCCCCCACACCCACCGCCCUUGCCCACAAUUUUGAUACCCUCAGCCUCCGUGACCCUACAUGGUAUAUGGACACGGGCGCAUCCCAUCACAUAGCCUCCGACACAGGAUAUAAGACUAUUAGAGCAUUAGCAGCGGCGGGGUAAAGGGCCUGCCACUUCAGCCUCCAUCCUCCUUCAGCGUGGCAAGGCAAAGGCGAGGCACCCCGCCUGUCGAGCCAUGCGUGAGGCAUCUUCAAUUUUUUUAGCUGGAAUUUUUUUAAAGAGAGUAUAUCUAUUUUUAUAAAAAAAGAUAAGUAAAAUAAUUUUUAAUAAUUAAAAUACAUCAUAAAAAUGUAAAAAAAUGAUAAACACAAUGACUUGUCAUUGCAUUGCUUGCCACUAGCUCCUCUCAUUCUCCAUACGCUGACUGGAUUGUCUAUGA